CGCGUACAGGAAAAAAAGGAGAAAAGUGGAACAUGUUUUGAGUUCAUAUGGAUCACACAGAACCUUUGGAAGAGCUAUUCUGGCCCAGUGAGAGAAAUGUCUGGAGACAAUGGAUCCUUAACAUCUGGCAGAUCCAUAUGUGGAGAAAAGGUUGGGGAAUGUUGGGUCAGUGAAAGUGACUUGAAGCAGAAUCAUGUCUAUUUUUUUGCAUUUCUGCUGUCCAGUAGGAGCGUGCGCUCCCCACCACGCGAUUGGGGAGAAGAACUGUGACUUGCUUUCCUCUCCAGACCAGGGUGCCGUUGAAAGGAGUGAUAACUGGAGUGAAGUUAAGUGUUGAGGAAGGUCAGCUGAAGUAGAAGUUUCCCGGUGUCUUUGACGCCCGCCGUUUGGUGUGACGCAGACCGGUGGAGAGCGUGGUUAAACAGACAAUACACUGUCUGUACUACUACAUUUUGAUGUAUGUCUUUACCAGAUAAAGUGAAUUUAGGAUGUGUCAGUUACCCCGUGAGAGCUUUUUUCCCGAACCCAUUAUGGUGUUUUAAGUGUCAAUCUUAUGGUCAUGUGACAGCAGUGUGUAGGAGAGAGAUUCCUAGAUGUGAGAAGUGUGCAGGAGGACAUGAGACAAAGGAAUGUUUAGUAUCAGUGGAAAAAGUUAUGUGUAAAUUGUGGGGGUACCCAUGGUGCUGGAGAUCAGAGGUGUCCGGUGAGAGAAAGGCUGUUUGAGGUUGCCCUGUUCGACUGCUAAGGCAGUGAAGAGAGGAAGAUAGAUCCAGGGUGAGGGAUUCUAAGAGUAGGACGAGGCCAAUAGAGAGUGAUAAAACAACAUGUGCUUCAAUAAGAUUAUUUUUUUGGCAUUCAUGGCCAUGGUUGUCAAUUGUACCGCAGGAAUGGAACAUAAAAUCAGAGGAUAGAUGUUGUGGUGGCAGCUGCAGAGAAGUACUUUGGUGUAUAAGAUUUUACUGCAGAAGAGUUACAUGAUGUUUUGAACCAAAAUGGUUCCAAUCGUUUUUCCACCAUUCGUUGUUCUCAUAGGGAAUUUUAGAAACAAUUCAAAUAAGGGCUGUGUUUUUUUUUUAGCUUACCCUGACAUGACGUUAAUAACCAUGUAAAUCUCUCUCGGACAAGGUGAUUUUUAUCCAUAUAUUCGGCACUACUUACUCUCCAAAUCGAAAGUGCUAACUAGUAUCAAAGUAGACAUAAUGCAAUAAAUCCCUGCGAGCUCCUGCCCGCCAUCCCUAGCUGACACCUUCCUAACAGGUAGUGUCAAUUUAAAACUUGCACAAGGCAGUUCACAGAAUUACCAAUUUAAAGAAAUGUAGCUGAUUUAUUAAUUACAAAAUGUAGCUAACAUUAGAUAGUUCAUCCAGAUUCUUACCUCGAUUCAUCAGUCUCUUCCAGAUCAUCAUGGCAUUUGUAGUUCUUUAUGAUAGCCUAAAUAGCGUUUCAUUUUUGUCGGGGUAAAUUCAGGCGAAUAUACUGAUAAAUCACCUUGUCCUAGAGAGAUUUAGUUGGUUAUCAAAACGUCACGCCAGGGUAAGUCUACACAAAACAUAGUCCUCAUUGGAACAAUUUCCUUGUUUGACCGCUAGGUUUUACGGGUGUUGUGACUCAUACUGCGGUCCUCUAUGAAUUCAUACCUCCGAAUAGUAGGCUGAUACAUAGGCAAUACAGUAGGUGGCGGCAUGUACCUAUUACAUUUGUUUGAUGACAGUCAAAAUACCAAAAAAGAAGUAGAAUUGUUAGCUGACGUGUAUGUGCUAUAUGUUGUUUUUGGUUGCGUUGUUGUGCGAACUCUGUGUUGAGCAACGGCGGAAGAGAGAGGUAAUAACAGAGGUGCAUAUCUCUAGUAAUAAUUUGGGAUGGUGUUUGGGUUAUGUAACCUGUUAGACACGUAAAUAUUAAGCAUAUAUAACUGAAAGGCCCAAGUGCUGCUGUGGAACCAUAUGGGUUUGGUAGAAUGGCUGCGAUCAUGUGUUUUGGCUUCAGGCAGAACCAGUGGACAAACAGCAAAGAUGGAGCUGGAGGAGGUGCAGAACUAACGCUCCCUCUCUGAAUGCGAUAAGAGGAAAAAGGCAAUGCAAUCUGAGAACAGCAGUGUUGUUCAAGAUGACAAUGGAAAGGAAGCAGGAAAAAUGAAUUCUGAUGGAGAAUUUCAAGCAUGUGGCAGCAACGAUUCAUUUCUAGAUUCCAUCUUUGAAGAGGAGUUGGAUCGACUUUUGGACCUGACAAUGACCCAACACACCUCCAGGCUAUGUAGGGGCUAUUUUUACCAAGAAGCAGAUGGAGUGCUGCAUCAGAUGACCUGGCCUCCACAAUCCCCCGACUUCAACCAAAUUGAGAUGGUUUGGGAUGAGUUGGACCGCAGAGUGAAGGAUAAGCAGCCAACAAGUGCUCAGCAUAUGUGGGAACUCCAAGACCUUUGGAAAAGCAUUCCAGAGAUGAGAAUGAAGACCUUCCUUAUCUGACGGAACCUUCAGAGGCUAUGGAGGGGGAAGAAUCCCCUCCCAAUGGAACAGAAGUUACAGAAACUAUAGUGGAGGGUGAAUACCCUCCAGAUGGGACAGAAGUUACAGAGACUAGAGGGGGAGAUGACUCUCCUCCAAUUAUGACACGACUCAGGGUAAGGGGCAUCUCCUCUCGCCCUAAGAUCGAAGCUUCAGAGUCAAGUGAGGAAGAUGGAGAAGACCUUCCCCCUGAUACAGAAGUAAUCGAGAGCAGGGCUUCAAAAAGAACAAAACUCACCUCUAGCCCCAAAGCAGCACCGCAAAGGAAGGCCAGGCCUCCAUCCUCUCCCCCCUGGACACCCAGCCCUGCCAAAUCCAAAAACAGAGCUCAUGCAGCCACACCUCUUUUCAGUGGGUCAGAGAGGAAGUGGAGGACUGAGGAUGAACCAGACCAAGAGCAUAAAUGGUUACCUUUCGAACCAGCUAGGACUCCUGGACCCCAGCUAGACACUUCAAAGAACUACACUGUUCUAGAGCUCUUCCAGCUCUUCUUCAGUAAUGACGUUGUUGAUACUCUCUGCUCAAACACCAACAAGAAUGCCAAGAGAAGACAAGAACAUGGAAUCAAAGAACCAUGGAAACCUGUAUCUGUGGAGGAAAUGUACAAAUACCUCAGCAUUGUAAUCUAUAUGGGUCUGCUGAAUGUACACACUGUAUCAGACUACUGGAAUCGAAACAGAAUAUAUUGCCUUCCUUUUUGUUGUACAGUCAUGACUAUGACAAGAUUUCGGGCAAUCACCUAUUCACUGCACAUGAGUGACCCAGCAGAGGAUGAGGAAAACGACAAGAAGAAGGGGACUGCGGACUAUGAUCGGCUCAUGAGAAUCAAACCUCUAAAAGACCAGAUUUUGGAUGCAUGCAGAGCCUUCUACCACCCAUUCCAGAACCUUUCCAUUGAUGAGCGCAUGGUGCACUCCAAGGCCCGCCACAGCCUCAAACAAUACAUUAAAUCCAAGUCCUACAGGUAUGGAUUCAAGCUGUAUGUUUUAGCAGAUUCAAGAAAUGGCUACACCUGCGACUUCAAUGUCUUUAUGACCAAAAACCCAUCUGCUUCAGGCAAAGGGGAGAGCUAUGAUGUUGCCAUGAACCUGUUGAAGGUGCCUUACUUGGGCACAGGAUACCACAUUUAUGUUGAUAACUUCUUCACCAGCACAACUUUCUUCCGUGACCUGUACAAAAAGAAAUUGGGAGCAUGCGGAACCAUACGUGAAAUCUGUGUGGGCAUCCGAGAGAACAGCAUGCCUGCUCGAGCAGAGAAGGGAACCAUCCGCUGGCUCCGUGAUGGGGAGCUGCUCUUCACCAAGUGGAUGGGCGCACAACCUGUCACCAUGUGUACCACCAUUCAUAAGGCAUUCGCAGGGGAGCAGGUCAAAAUCAGGAAACAGAGCAAAAAUGGAUCCUGGACAACACAGUGCAUACCCGUCCCAGAGGCAAUCAAGCCGUACAACAAGUAUAUGGGGGGUGUGGACCUGUCUGAUUCCCUUAUCAAAUGCUACAGUGUGGCCCACAAAACCAUGAAGUGGUACAAGACCUUCUUCUUCCACUUUAUAGACAUUGCUGUGGUGAACAGCUUCCUCCUGCAGAAGGACAUGGCCCAGAUGAAGAAGAAAAAGUCCAUGACCCACAAGCAGUUCAGGGAGCAGCUGUGCCUGCAGCUUGCUGACAUUGGUAAGCAGGAGGAGGCUGAAGAAGAGUCUUCAGAGGAGGAGGAGGAGGAAGAAGAACAACCAGAAGAAGAGAAGGAAUUGGUGGAAGUGAAGCGACCAUGCUACCCUGUACCCAUAAUUGAUCCUACCACUGUUGACUCCUCUCAAAGAAAAUCUGGCGGCAGGAAGAAAUGUUGUCUGUGCAAGGAAAGCCAGACCAACUGGCAGUGUGAGUCCUGUCAGGUAGCACUCUGUAUGAUACCAGACAGAAACUGCUUCAGAGUUUGGCACAUGAAUAAAAAGGAUCUCGUAGCAGAAGUUUUCAAGAGGCAUAUAAAGUACAACCCAUACCCUACCCAUCCUUGGAUGGAAUAUGGAGGGAAAAAAAUUGAGUUCAAGUCUCAAAAACAGGCCCAGAGUUUCAUUAAAUGCCAUUUUGGCUUGAGGAACAACAGGAAGUGAAACUAUUUUGCUAUCCUGUGCGCACUAAUGAUCAAACCACUAUUGCAUCUCUCAAAGAGAAACCGUGGGCAGGAAGAACUGUUGUCCGUGCAAGACCAACUGGCACUGAGACCUGUCAGGCGCCGCUCUGUAUGAUAGAAGACUGGAACUGCUUCCGGUUCUGAGGAUGGCAUAGGGCUCAAUAGAAUGUCUCUGGCACAACUUUUCAGUUCCCCUGAUAAUACCAGUGGUCUCAAGUGGGAUGAUGAUUAUGGUAAUGUUUAUUAUUAUGGUUAGGCUUAUUAUUUGUAUUGUUUUAUUAUUUUAGUUUAUUCUAUUAAUAUUUGUGCCCAUGAAUGAUCCCAGCACUCUUAAAAUCUCUCACAGAUGUACUGUACACAUGAAGUGUCAUUUGUGCAAUGAUUAUUUAGAUUAUUUUGAGUUAGUCUUGCCAGAAACUGCUUCAAAAUAUGGAAUAUGAUUAAAGACAAUGAGCAGACUGAUGAAAAUAUGUUUUUUCCCUGGACUACAAGCUUUCUGAAAUAGGUAAUAGAAGAGUAUUGUUCAACUUGGCAAUAUUUUGCAAGUUCAUGGGGACGUAAUAGAAAAAAGUAUUAGAUUAAUAUUGCCCCAAGCCUGUGUGCAAAGUUGGUAUAUACAGUGCCUUCAGAAACUAUUCAUACCCCUUCACUUAUUCCACAUUUUGUCUGAAUUCAAAAUCGAUUAAAUAUUAUUAUUUUUAAAUCUUAUCCAUCUACACACUAACCUAUAAUGGCAAAGUGAAAACAUGUUUUUUUUUUUAAAUAUUUGCAAAUUAAUUGAAAAUUAAGUACAGAAAUAUCUCAUUUACAUACGUAUUCACAUCCCUGAAUCAAUACAUGUUAGAAUCCCCUCUGGCAGCGGUUACACCUGUGAGUCUUUCUGGGUAAGUCUCAAAGGCCCUGAUUCCUACCCGAGUUAUGGGCGCGUAAAUGGAAUGUUAUUACAUUAUUAUGCACUUUUCUCUAUGCGUAUUCCUACCUUGAAUUUAAGCACGAGAAUAGCACGCUAUUCACUUGCUAUUUGUUCUUGGUGGAGAUCAAAUAAAUGAAGGUAUGGCGGAGGUGUCAAUAGAUACGCCGUAUUCUGACCGUGACUUAAUUCCCUCAUAAUUCCACCACCUUUAAGCAAGAGGAAACCAUGUUGAGCAAAUCUGCCGGUUUCAAGUGGAAAAAGCAUCAACUUUAUUUUUCAGAUAGAAAUUACAGCAUUCUCCAUAUACUGUAAUUUAUAACGAUAAGAGUUAGGUUAAUGAGUCAUCUGUUUGGAUAAAGGAAUUGUAAAUAUAAAUUGUGUUUUAGAUCUAUUUUAUAUUGUAAUCGGUGGAGACAGAUGUGAAACCAGUAAUAUGGCAGCAAACUGAAGCAUAUCAACUUUCCCACAGUGAACUUUAUGAAAUGCUGUGGCAUUAUGCAGAAUUUAAAUUGUAUGGCCUUUUAACUUACAGCAAUGGGCACUAUCAAAUGUCUUAAUUAUAUGCUACCCCAGCUUUCUCUGUUUCCUAUUUCUAUUGUGUUAAAUAUUAGCCACUAUCAGUAUCGACUGUCAGUAGGCCUAAUAACACAUUUAACUGCCAAUUUACUGUUAGUUCCCUUCAGUUGGUAUAGCCUAACUUGCUUAAUUUCCUCUGUAAAUGCUGUCACGGCCAUGUGGUUGUUGCUGAGGGUCAUUAGUAACAGUUUCUAACAUUAAAAUAAUACAUAGUAUUUAUGGACCAAGCAGUUACAGUUUCAUCCUGACCCAUGGCGCAACACAUUGACUGUGUCAUCCCACAGUUCCAUGGUUAGUGCAGGCAAUAGAGGGUAUAGUAAAUUAUUAUUGUAAACUAUUAUUGUAAAUUAUUCUCCCUAUUAUAAUUAUAUGUACACUAAUCUUCCAACAUCACCGUGGGUUAAAUAACAAUGUGGCAAUUUUCAGAAUGAAUUAAACCACUGUAUUUUUGAUUAAUCUG